AUGGACCAGAACAUUACUCUCAAUCAUGGCCCACAGAUUUACCAUAAAAUGCGACACCCAGGGAACAUCAAAUGUAUGACUCAUUUUCCAUCGAGUAGCGGUGACAUAUUUGUUGCACACUAUUGUUUUGGCACAAAAGAUCAGUUAAGUGUGUGGACAAUGGAUUCCAAUGACAGAGAUUCAUCAAUUACUCAGCAAAGAUUUGAAAUCCACAGUGAACUAACGUCCCUGAUGUAUGUUAGUAAACAUAGGGUGUACCUUGGCUUUUCAUCCAAACUGGAACUACAUGUUUUCACCGAUGCCAGUAGUCAAUGUCAAGAAAAAGGCUUUGUUUCUUUAUCUUCCACUGUUCUCAGCAUGGCAUACAACCGAGAAAUGGAUGAGGUCUACUUGGGAAGAGUUGGCAAACUGGAAAAGUGGAAGGUCACCGGAUCAGAGCAUGCAGCCACUGUGAGUCGGGUGCUAGAAUUUGAGACAGACAUUGGACCAGACGAGUGGGUGAUUGAUAUCAAAGUGGACACAAGGAACACACAGAUACUCAUUCUGACCUACCACAAUAUAUUUGUCAUCAACUACGAGACACAGAAACAAACUCACCACCUCCAAAACAGGCAUGAGGGGUCUCUGAAAUGUUGCUCAUUCUACAAACAGAGAGAGUAUUUCAUCACAGGAGGAGGCGAUGGUACAGUGAAGGUGUGGAAUGCUGUAGUAUUUACUCAAGUACAUGCCUUUUAUGGUCACAAUGCUGCCAUUACAGGUCUAGCUGUCCAUAAGACAGACCCCUUACUGUUUUCCUCUUCAUUAGAUGGCAGUGUUCAGAUUUGGAGAAUGGAUAAUUUUUCUAAAUUGAUGGGGUUUGAUUUAUCAGAGAAAAUAUUUAACUUGAAACUCCUAUCAGACGAACAGUUCUUCUGCCAGACAGAGAAAGAAAUAAAAGUUUUUGGUCUUAAUCAGUUCUAUCACCUGUUUGCCCCAGUUGAGUCGACAGUGAGGAAACUUUGUCUGUGUCCAGGGAAACGUCGUCAUGGAUUAGCCAACCGGAUCAUCGCUUCUACUGAGGAUGGCUCAGUACGUCUGUUCUCACCACUUACUGGAGUGGCCUUGACCUUAAUCUAUCCCAUGCCAUCCUUCCAGAUUCUAACGUCUUUUGCCUAUAAUAGAGAGAAGGAUAGACUGCACACUGUUUUAGAGAAUGGGGAAGUGAUUGUGUUCAAUUGCCGUUCCAACCCUUGUAAGGCAGUGGAAGUUUGGCAGUCAGGAUUUACUGAUGAAAAGAUAACGCAGCUGUUACAGGUGGAACUGAGCUACACUGGUCAGAAUGGUGAACAGCUGACAGACAUUGUCAUAUUCGGUGGUCAGGAAAAUGGCCAGCUGUCGUUAUUGGAUGCCAAUCAUUGUGAGAUGGUACUGAGUGUCCAGGUACACAAGGGAAUGGUAACCUGUAUGGAGAGUGUCACAGAGAUAGACCCUACUGGCUACCAGUUGUCAGAGACCAGCAAAACUCUUGUUACUGGUGGCAAUGAUAACUUUGUAAAGCUGUGGAAGAUCAAGGUAUCAGCUGGCAGGAGAAGUGACUAUAUCUCAUUGGAACCCAUUCUCGAGAUUCCUUGUGGUAAUAUUCCUGACCAUAUCAGCAUGUAUGAGAACACCUUGAGUAUAGCAGUCACAACAGGUACACGCCGAGGGAAGCUGUUGAUGUAUCGAGUGGAAGGCGAUGAGACGCCCCAGUACACGCAGCUAGAACAUGCUGAGGAUGAAGACCAUGAUAAAAAGAUAACUUCUCUGGACAAAUGUCCUUUACUGGGACUCUUUGCUUCCUGCUCAGAAGAUGGCUAUAUCAAGAUAUGGAAUCGCCACAAUCAGCUGAUCAGGGAGAUGGUAUUUGGUGAACCACUGUAUGGCUUGUGUUUUGCCAAUGUCCGUGGUGAUCUCCUGUUUGGCUUUCAAAGCCACGUGUGUUCAAUUCCCCUGACUACUUAUUUUCCACAAAAUUACCUGGAGAGAAUAGCAUUGCUUGACUUCUUGGAUGACCUGAGGGAAAAUGCUAUAGUGUACAACAAUAUUGUCAAACCCUGGUUCGACCCUCAACAACUGCCACGAUACAGCACCACUUUGUCCCAGCGAGUGCAGGAAAAAACCAAGAAGGACAAAACAUCAAAACAGUUAGUGGUUAAAGACCUUGAGGCUCUGCCUGAAGAUACCGCUGUACAGGAGAGUUCUGAGGAAAACAAGAUUGAAGGUCAGACUGGAGAAAAAGAAAAUAAAGAAAACAAUCAAGAUGGAGAUGGAAUUAAAGAAAAUUUUGACAUUGAUGAAACAAUAAAGGAAGAAAAUAACGAAGAUGAUUUAGAUGGAGAUUUUGAAUUCAGUGCUGAAGUUGAAAUAGGAUCACCUUUUGAAAAGCCUUUGUCUAGAGCUAGCCAAUCACAGAGGAGUAUGGUGUCACGUGACAAAGCUGGGAGUCGCACAGACAGAAAAAGAAACCACAGUGAGGGGACCAGUCCAAAUCUCGAUGAACUGUUGCCAUGGGAACGAGAACUACUGAAACGUCGUUCCAAAAUCAUUCCAAAAGAUGGGUACAUUCCAAACUCUGUGAUCAGGAAAAACCUUGGUUUUGUCCGACCGGUCACUCCAACGAUUCGUAAGAAGGACAUAUGGACACUGAAACCGGUACCAGAGCCAGAUCCGCGUCACAUGCCGCCAGGAUGGGGUGGACUUCCUGUGGAGAAAGACAACUCUGCCAUGGAUAUCUUUGAGAUCGCUCGUCGAUAUCGUUUGGAAACCAUGGAGUCCGACUCUCAAGACGAUGAAGCAGAGGAGGAGGAGGAAGUCUCUGUAGAUAAAGAUGUACAACUCAUGCCUUGCAUGCAGAACCGCAAUAAAGUCACUAAAAAGAAGCGGUCAAAAAGAAAAAAUCAAGGUUACGACAGUGAAGAUAGUGAGGAAGAACGUGAGGUAUACUCUCAGCAACGGAGGGUCUCACUUCUUCCACCAGAAAAGGAUCCAAAGACUGCAGCACCUUUUACCUGGAUGGAUGACGACGAAGCACGAAAGUCGACCUUGAAUCCAUUCCAGAAGAUUACCUCUAUGGUGAGGGCAGCUUCCACAAUGUCCAAUACCUCAUCCAUCAGGGGAGGUUACUCCAAAAACAGUCGAAGGUCCACACCUGUCACACCAAGAUAUGAAUUGAAGUCUAAGAAGCUAGAGUUUGGCAGUCGUAAUGAUCUAGAGACUCCAGACUCCAUGCGUGGAAUGCGUAAAAUGACCAAGUCUGGCGGAGCUCAAAGUAGAGAGCGGUCAAAAUCUUUCAAAUUGACCAAUAUGGUGGUGGAUGAGGAUUCGACUAAUGUCAGAUUUAAGGACGCUUCAGGAAAGCGAGGCAGUAUGCUGGGCGCAUCAGACAUGGACAGCAUUCAGAAGCUAUUAGAAGAGGACUGGUUCUCUGAUAUGAGAGGCACGCCAUCCUUUGAUAGUAUCAUGCAGCGUCUUCUCACCCUCCUCGACACGGACGACCCAGAUCUUCACUCUAAAAUCUGUGAUUACAUCCUCGACCUUCACAAGGACUUGGGAAUACCAGACAUGUAUCUGGAAAGAAUCAUCAAUAAGUUGUCCACACAGCUGGGAAACUCCAAAGGACCUGUAAGUUCUAAAAACCUCCGUACCCUGAAACAGAUUGGAGGCAAUCAUCCUGAUGUCCUGGCCUCCUUGUUACCACGGCUCAUUGACAGCCAGUCAGAUGUGAGGGAUGAGACGGCAGCCAUUUUAUCAGAAAUGGUAGGAGUCAAUAACAAGGAUGAUCUGCUGCAGUUGAUGCAGGACAUGGGCCUAAAGAGUCAGUACAACAGCAAGGAGGAGGAGGAGGAAGCUCUCAAAGCCUUGGCUAUGAGGUUAGACAUCCCAUACAGAACAGACAGUUUCUCAGACUGGAUUUCAAACUGGGUGGAUGAAUCAUCAUCGCUGUACUACGAGGAUGCUGAACUCAAGGCGGGAGACAUAAGUAAAAACUGGGAUGGUCGUGCUGUGAGAGUCCUUCCGGAAUCUCUCUGUAUCACAGAGUCCUCCAGUAGGGCAUCUAAUCGCCUAAGGGAACUCACCAACAUUUCCGAUAGAUCUUACCAAUGGGAGCCCUCUACUCCAGACCAAGGUCGCAGACAGAGGAGUGGCAUGUUUGAUGUUAACAGAGAGGCACAAGAUGAUGUCCCUCCUUCACCAAGGUCACAGAAAUCAGAUAUACGGAAUUCCAUGUCAGAUGAGGAGGAUGAAGAGUAUGAUGGAUUUAAUCCAAAGGAUCCAGCUAUGUAUCGUUAUUACAAAAAGCGGUACCCUGCCAAUAUGAGACCAGGCAGUGGCAGAAAGUUGGUUGGAGAUGAGUUUGGAGGUGUGCCCAGUAAACGAUUACAUCAGUUCCCCAAGCAUGGAGAUAUGGAGGGUGGAAUACAGGCAACCGACAGCGGUCACCAUGAUGAUGGGGCUGAAGUGCCUGUCAGCAUAUCAGAGGUUGGAGAAAAGGCAGCAGAUACUACAUUAGAGACAAUGAGCACACAGGAUUCUGGAAUAGGGCGGGACAUGUCUGAGGUCCUGAGUAAUAAAUCGGGGAUGGAAACAGCUGUGAUCAAGAAAGGUCAUCAUCGAUCAAAACAGAGCUGGCCAAAACAUUCCUUAUCUCCUGUCAAGUCUGCUGGUUCCAUCUGUCACUCAGAUCUGUCCACUCCAAAGGGGCUGGAGGCUGACAAAGAAAAUUGGCAACGGUUUUUCAAGACACCCACAGCCCAGGAACGACGCCGGAUGGAGAUGGUGAAACGAGAUUUUGACACAGGAAAGGUUAAACAAAACAAUGGUCCUGCUGUCAUCCAGUAUAUUGCUUCUGACUUACCUCUACUGCCAGGCGAGGCUGGACUCCGAUUGCUCCACACUGUUAGGGUGGGAGACAAGGGUCCUACAAUUGGUUAUGAUGGUCGCCACCAGGUGGAGUCUAUUCCCGGUAAACUAAUGGUGCAGACUAAAAACGAGGAUACUGGCAAAUCAAAUUUUGGAAUCCUUCAAAUGCAAUGGACAACAGGAGUGCCUGUAGCCACAUCUUUUGAAGAAUACAUACAAUAUCGUCAAAAGGCGUCUGGACAAUCAGAACGCAGCCAAUCACAGGCCACCAAGUCAUAUGACACCCUAACGGAGAGAUCUUAUGCAUCAGCAGGGUCUCUCCCAAACCUGGAGAGUUUGAGACGGUCAAGAAGAAAGAAAAAAGAAGCAAAGAGAGAAUCCCAAUUCAAGUUGCCUCGUCUACACUCACGAACGACAACCCAUAGUCACGACUACCAGUGGGAGCGCCCUCUACCUCCUCCACCCGCCCAAAAAUCUUCAUCACAAUCCUCAGAUGUCAGAAAACAACACGAAAAAUACUGUAAAUACUACGACCUCACCAAGAAAAAGAUGCAACAGUACACUUCGUCCAAAACAAAAGACUUAUUGCUACCAGAGGUUGUCAUCCGAAAUGCUCUCGGCGCUACACCGAAGUUGCAGAAAUCCUUAACAAGGUUAAGUAGAAAUCACAGUGUUCUUCUGCCGCCCAUCACGUUGAACCAACUCAUCCACGUAUCAACGACAUAG